AUGAAGUUGAACAACGCCGCCCUGUUUGUCUUUCUGACAACCCUCCAAACACCUCUUGCAAAUGCACUUCCAUCAGAGGUAAACUUGGGCCGCAGACACGGCUCGAAGAACGAUACCAUGCUACAGAUCAUUCCAGACGUUGACUUCAACUUCAACGUCAUGGCGACCUUGGCUACAGCUCCUUACCAAGGAGCGGAUAUUGGAGAGAUUCUCGUCGCUGCAAGUCAGAUCAAGACAGGCGAUUUCGAAAGCUACUAUCAAGCGUACUACGAUCUUGCGACUCGAGUUCAUGGCCAGGCAGAAGCGAUCGAUUGCAAGAAGCAUCCGGUUUCUGCGCGAAAUGCGUUCUUCAGGGCCUCGACCUAUUAUCGCUCUGCUGAUGCAUUCUUGCACGGGAACUGGAGUGAUCUUAGGAUCAUGUCGCUUUGGAAGCAGCAAGCUGACGCUUUCGACAAAGCAAUGCAACUCCUGCCCAUUCCAGGAAAGCGUAUCGAGAUAGAGGCUGAUAACUUCACUGUCCCUGCUAUCUUCUUCAAGACUGACAAACCUGGUCGUCGCCCUACUGUCAUCCUGGGUACAGGAUAUGAUGGGUCCAUGGAAGACCUGUAUCACACGAUGGGCGAGGCUCUGCUGCAGCGAGGCAUGAAUGCUAUCGUGUAUGAGGGACCAGGUCAGCCAACCGUUCGCCGGUACCAAGGCCUUGGUUUCAUCCCGGAGUGGGAAAGAGUCGUCACACCUAUUGUUGACUAUGCGCUUUCUCGAGAUGAUGUCGACGGCAGUAGGCUUGCGCUAAUGGGAUUCUCGUUCGGCGGAAUACUUGCGCCUCGCGCUGCAGCCUUUGAGCAUCGUCUAGCAGCGGUGAUCGCCCUUGACGGAAUCUUUGAUUUUGGGCAAGCAAUGUUCAAGCAAUUUGGGCCUGGCAUCGCUGAACUAUUCAAAGCUGGCAAGAAGAAGGAGGUCGAUGAAGAGGUUGCCCUAGUGCAAAACAACGCCAGUAUGCCUUCAAAUCUGCGAUGGGGCAUUGAUCAGGGAGAGUGGUCAUUCAAGACUCAUUCUGCCUACACGUUACUGCAAAAGUCGGAGCGAUUCGCUUUGAAGGGUAUCGUGGAUAAGAUCAAGGCGCCUGUUUUUGUAGGAGAUGGUCAGAAUGAUAUGUUCUUCCCUGGACAGGCGAAGGAGUUAACGAAGCAGCUUGGAAGUCGGGCAACGUAUCACCUCUUUGAGACGGCUUCGGGGGCCGGACUUCAUUGCCAGGUCGGUGGUUACGUGUUGAUGAAUCAGGUUUCGCUUGAUUGGCUUGAUGAUGUUUUUGCGAAUCAAACCAUGCACAAAUGA